AUGGAUUCAUCGACUCCGAACCGCAUGACCACACGUGGAAUCGUAAGAAAUUACGCCGAGCUGGGUGGUGAAAGCUCUAGAAACAACAGCACUGAAGUGGAUAACAACGAUGGGGUGUUUCGUGUGCCGACAACACCAUUUCGAGGAAGGAAACGAAAAGUGCCACUUGAUGGACUUGGCGAAGGAGGAGAAAUUCCCAAAAGAGGAAGACCCAGAGGUGGAAUCUCGACCCGCGGCGGACGUGGUGGCGCACGAAGGAGUGGAGGGAAAUUGACCGAAGAUGGAGGUUUAUUGGGAGCUGUGAAACAUGGUGGCGAUUUUAAGAAAGUGGUUGAAGAAUGGAUUAACAAUUAUGAGGCGAAUCCAGAUGAUGCCCUCACCGAAUUGCUCCAAUUUUUCCUUUCCUCUUCUGGAUGUCGUGGAAAGCUUACUGGAGAUAUGUUGCUGAAAUUGGAAUAUUCGGAAAUCGUUCGACACAUGACUGAAGAAUUUGAUGAAGAAUCGGGUGAUUAUCCAAUGGUCAUGACUGGAGCACAAUGGAAACGUUUUCGAGGAAAUUUCUCACAAAUGAUUAUGACGCUUGUUGCUGAAUGCAAGCAUUCGAUUAUUUUCAACAAUCAAAUGAUGGAUUCUGUUAUUCAACUACUCACAACACUGGCUGACAGUCAAGUACGAGCCUUUCGCCAUACCGCUACGUUUGCAGCCAUGACACUUUCAUCUGCUUUGGUUGAUGUGACUUUGGAGCUUGUUGAGAAUAAAGCCAAGAAUGAACGACAAAUUGAGGCUGAACAGGCCAAGCUUAAAGCAAUGGGUGGAUCGGGAAACAACGACAAAUUGGAUGUUUUGAUUGCUAGAAAGACAGAGCUCAAAGAGCAUGCACAAGAUGUCAGCGACAUGCUUCAAUACAUUUUCAAGAGUGUCUUUGUUCACCGCUAUCGAGAUUGCUUGCCUGAUAUUCGUUCCAUUUGCAUUAACGAAUUGGGAAAAUGGAUGAUUGUAUACCCGGAACACUUUUUGGACGACAGUUACCUCAAAUAUAUCGGAUGGAGUUUGCAUGACAAGAUGCCCGAAGUUCGUUUCAAAUGCUUAGAAGCGUUGCUUCCCCUUUACAAUCGCCAGGAAAUCGUCGGCAAACUAGAGCUUUUCUCGAACAAAUUCAAAGAACGCUUGGUGAGCAUGGUGAUGGAUAAACAUCUUGAUACAGCUGUGAAAGCAUGCGAACUUAUGAGUGCUAUAUAUAGAGCUUUUCCAACUCUUCUGACAAAGGACGAUUGCGUUCCAAUCUACGAGCUGGUCUACACAAAUUAUCGUCCUCUGGCUGUUGCUGCCGGAGAGUUUCUCAAUGUCAAAGUGUUUCCCAAUGCCGCACCAGCUGGUUCAGACCCAAAGACCAGUCAAAACAAAGAGUUGCUCCUGGAUCUCAUCCGGUUUUUCAUUGAAGGAGAAUGCCACGAACAUGGUGCUUAUCUCGUUGACGCUUUAAUCGACUCAAAUGAGAUUGUGAAAGACUGGGGAUCUUAUAUUGAACUUUUGAAAAACGAUGAAGCGGCUCAAUGCGAUGCGCAAAUCAUUGAAAUCAUGUGUUGUUCAAUCAAGCAAGCAGCAACCGGAGACCACCCAGUUGGAAGAGCAAUGGCAAAACGUGGUCCUCAAGCUGCUAAUAGUCGUGAAGCUCGCCAACUAGCCGAUGAGAGAACCAAAAUCAGCGAGGUUUUUAUUCCUCAACUUCCACUUCUUCUUCAAACGUACAUUGCUGAUCGUGAAAAAGUGUGCAAUUUAGUGGUUUUACCACUAUACUUUCAACUUGAGAUGUAUGUUGCAGGACAAUUAACACAGCAUGCUGCUGAACUCAUGAAAGCUUUGGAAAAUGUCGUUGAACGUCAUCCAGAUCGCGACGUGCUUGCGCAGGUAGCUGAAGUUAUUAAUCAUCUUUCUUCAUACAGUGGAACUGCUCAAGUCACAGAAACUGCAAGAAUAAAGCUGGUUGACGGUGUAGCGUUGCAAGUUGGCUUACAAGUUGAUCGAUUGGAAAAAGACGAGGUUAUCGACGAGGAUGACGAAGCUGCAAUGAAGAGCGCCUUUCGGAAGCUUGUUGGUUUCGCCAGCCACAUUGACACAGGAAAGAAAGAUGUCUUUGAUAGAUGCAUUCAGGUCACAACUUGGGAGGAAGGGCGUGCUCCAUCAGAAGUCGUUCAACUGUGCGUCCAAUAUAUGUGUCUAGUCUUGAAUUGGGAUCUUCAGCGAAUCAUUCACGAUAUUGAGCCCAAUCGAAAUGAUGCUUUGAAAAAAUUGAGCAAACGGGUGGCCAACUUUUUCACCUGUUGUGAACAAAUUAUGAUGGAGCAUGUCAGUGGCUUAGAGACGACGUACUUGGCUAUGUGUGACGCACUUCUAAUCUUCAAUGAACAUUUAGCCGAGCGAAAUGAUAACUGGAAAGGACUUGUUUUCAAAAUGGAUCAAAAACUUCUCCGCCGAUUGAAAACCUAUGUUGUAGAUAAUGUUUUCUCCCAAGCAUCCACUCAAUUUGAUCAACAAGAGCAGCUUGAAAUGAUGAUGAAACGUAGAAGACUAUUGGCAAAUUAUGGCAAACUCGUGAUCUACGGAGUGCUUCCCAUUGGUGAAGCGGCAGAAAUCUUUGAGCAAUAUGUGAAAUACUAUCAAGAUUUUGGAGACAUUAUGAAAAUGAUCAUUUCAAAGUGUCGUGAUGCCGAAAUGUUGAGCACUGCUAGUGCCGUUGGAAAGGCCUUGCAAAUGGCUUACGAAAGAUUACGGUCAACCUCUAAAACACCACACGUUGACCCGUUGUCUGAAGAUUUUGCUCAGCUUCACGAAUUGGCUCGUCGAUUGUCUUCAAUCUUUGGAAAUGACCAUUUACGAAACCGUGAAUCAAUUGCCAAGAUUCAUAGAGAUGGUAUCAUUUUUGCUCUUGAGAUCUCUGGUGGUCGAGCGUCAAAGAAUCCCACAAAUGUCAGUUUUCUUGAGGUCAUUCAAGAAUUUUCACAAAAAUUGCUUCGACAAGACAAGGAAUGCAUCCGUCGUUAUUUGGAGAAACACGCUCUAGCGAUGGGCCGUAUUCCAACGGAAAGCCCACUUUGGUCAAGCUAUGCGCUUUAUAAGGAUAGUCUUAAGGAGAGAAACCCUGAUGAUGUCUCAUCAGUUCGUUCAUUUUCAACGUCGAUCGCUUCAUCCAAAGCUCCAUCAGUGACUCCAACAAAAAGGGGACGUUCUUCGAGAAAUCGAAUGGAGGAA